UGCAGAGGUGGAGUCUGAGGCAGAGAGAAGUUGGUAAGAGGGAGAAAGAGGAUUAUACAACAUUUUCCUUGUUUUGGGGUCAGAGUGAGCAGCGAGUGGGAUCCCAAGACAUCAAAACAGUGACAUCCAGAACUGACUGACCCCAGAGCUACCUUCAUCAGAAGAGGAUUUACCAGGAUGCUGCCUGCCCCCAAGUGGCUAUCUCAUCUUCUGGGCCUGGCAGUCCUGGAGCCUGGGGUUUCUUCCAUCCUGUUACUGGCCUUACUGGCCCUUGGCACCUGGAUCCUAGUCAAGGGCCUAGCCUGGGUCCAACGAUACUAUGUCAACUGCCAGAGGCUUCGGUGUUUCCCUCAGCCCCCUCUUAAGAACUGGUUCUUUGGCCACCUGGGGUUGGCUCCAGAUACUGAAGAGGGUAUUUGCUAUCUUCAGGAGCUGAGCCGUCUAUUCAGUGAUGUCCACAUCUGGUGGAUGGGGCCAUUCACUCCCACGAUAAGACUCAACCAUCCCCAGGUCAUCUCCCCCUUGCUUAAGGCUUCAGCUAUUAUUGCACCCAAGGACAAAUUGUUCUAUGGCUUCCUGAAACCUUGGCUGGGGGAUGGGCUUUUGCUGAGUAAAGGAGACAAAUGGAGCCGGCACCGGCGCAUGCUGACCCCAGCUUUUCACUUUGAUGUCCUUAAACCUCAUGUGAAGAUCUUCAACCAGAGUGCAGAUAUCAUGCAUAGUGCAAUAAGUUUAGGGCUGUGGGGCAGAGACCAUGAUCACCAUCACCCAGGAGCCUCUUCCAGGAUCUUGCAGGCAAAAUGGAGGCGCCUGUGUGCUGAGGGCAGCAAUUACCUGGACAUGUUUGAACACAUCAGUCUCAUGACCCUGGAUAGCCUGCAGAAAUGCAUCUUCAGCCACAACAGCAACUGCCAGGAGAAACCAAGUGCCUACAUUUCAGCUAUCAUGGAGUUGAGUUCUCUUGUGGUAAAGCGUUACAAUCAGCCACUUCUAUACUGGGAUGCCCUGUACUAUCUCACCAGCCAGGGAAGGCAUUUCUCCCGUGCCUGCCGUCUGGUGCACGAUUUCUCAAAUGCUGUCAUACAGGACCAAAGGUGUAUCCUUGCCCAGCAGGGGUCUGAGGCCUUCCUCAGGGACAAGGCCAAAAGCAAGACCAUUGACUUCAUAGAUGUUCUCCUGCUGGCCAAAGAUGAAGAUGGAAAGGCUCUGUCAGACAAGGACAUCCAGGCAGAAGCUGACACUUUCAUGUUUGGAGGCCAUGAUACAACUGCAAGUGGCAUCUCCUGGGUCCUUUACAACCUGGCCCAGCAUCAGGAGCACCAGGACCACUGUCGCCAGGAGAUACAAGAGCUCCUGAGAGGUCGGCAACCCGAGGAGAUUGAAUGGGAUGAUCUGUCCCAGAUGCCCUUUCUGACCAUGUGCAUCAAAGGAAGCCUCCGGCUGCACCCGCCAGUUGCCAUGAUCUCCCGCUGCUGCACCAAGGACAUCCAGCUGCCUGAUGGGCGAAUCAUUCCUAAAGGAAACAUUUGCCUGGUCAGCAUCUUUGGAACUCACUAUAACCCUGCUGUGUGGCCCAACCCUGAGGUUUUUGACCCAUAUCGCUUUGACAUCAGCAAGUCCCAAAAGAUUUCACCCCUGGCCUUUAUACCCUUCUCAGCUGGACCCAGGAACUGCAUUGGCCAAAACUUCGCCAUGUCUGAGAUGAAGGUUGUGCUAGCCCUCACCUUACUGAGGUUCCGAGUCCUCCCUGAUAAAGACCCAGUGCGAAGAAAGCCAGAAAUUAUUCUCAGAGCAGAAAGUGGUCUGUGCCUGAAGGUGGAGCCACUUUUGGGUCCUUCCAGCCCUGAGGCACACCUCUCAGAAGCCCCUCAGGAAUGAUGGCUGGAUGUAUCCUUCUGCUUUGGAACAUGAAUGCCUGCUUUCUACCUGCCCAUCCACCCACCCUUACCUUGAUUGUAAUUCUUCUAAAUAAAAACAUUUCAACAUGGAA